GAGGCCAGUGCUCCAUGUGCGCGCUUGGGGAGUUUUGUGCCCUGCCCUCGCCUCUGUCAUUUACGUCAGACUCAGAGAGGUCUGCGCCUCGCGCACUUUCUCCCUCAGUCUCGAGACGCAGCCGGGCUGCAGCCGCCUGCUCUCGGCUCCUGCUGCCCGCCCAAGGCGAAGAGGGGACGCAACACCGGCCGCGCUGCGGACAGACAGAGGCGGGCAAGAGCAGGAGCGUUCCCCAUGAGAAGCCUCUUUCAGCUUUGAGACGAAGUGGCACGCCUGGUUGUGGCAGAGAUGAAUGAAAGCGUCGCCUUGAAUGAAACCAGGGGCCCUGUACCCUGGAUUCAAACCAGCAAUGGCAAUUAUUCUCUGGAGCUCUCCUCCAAGCUCCCAAUCUUUGUCAUCAACCCUUGGGAUAUUAUGCUGUGCAUCUCCGGAACCAUCAUUGCUUGUGAAAAUGCCAUAGUAGUGGCCAUUAUAUUCUACACUCCCAACCUGAGAACCCCAAUGUUUGUGCUGAUUGGGAGCUUGGCCACAGCAGACCUCCUGGCUGGAGUUGGCCUAAUCCUCAAUUUUGUUUUCCAGUAUGUGAUCCAGUCAGAAACCAUCAGCCUUAUUACAGUUGGCUUCCUAGUUGCCUCUUUUACUGCUUCUGUGAGUAGCUUAUUAGCCAUCACGAUUGAUCGCUACCUGUCCUUAUACAAUGCACUGACUUAUUACUCUGAGAAGACUGUCUUCUGUAUUCAUCUGAUGCUGAUCAUCACCUGGGGAGUAUCCCUCUGCUUAGGACUGCUACCUGUCUUAGGCUGGAAUUGUCUUGAAGAUUAUUCCUCAUGCAGUAUUGUCAGACCCUUGACCAAAAGUAAUGUGACUUUGCUGUCUGCCUCUUUCUUUUUCAUUUUUAUCCUCAUGCUCCACCUGUACAUUAAAAUCUGCAAAAUAGUUUGCAGACAUGCACAUCAGAUAGCACUCCAGCAGCAUUUCCUGACCGCAUCUCACUAUGUUGCAACGAAAAAGGGAGUCUCUACACUUGCUAUAAUCCUUGGGACCUUUGGAGCCAGUUGGCUACCUUUUGCCAUCUACUGUGUAGUUGGAGAUUCUCAUUAUCCUGCUGUGUACACUUAUGCCACACUUCUACCAGCUACCUACAACUCCAUGAUCAAUCCUAUCAUUUAUGCCUACAGAAACCAAGAAAUUCAGAGGUCCAUGUGGGUUCUCUUUUGUGGCUGCUUUCAAUCUAAAGUGUCCUUUCGUUCAAGAUCCCCCAGUGAUGUCUAAACAACUUCUUCCUCUGGGUACUUUUGCACAAAGUGACAAUCUUUGGUGAAUUACAGUGCCUGGUAUAAACCAGAUCUAUGUUGUGAAUUUUUUUUGUGGGGGGAUGUUUAAACAGUAGCACUUUAUGUAUGUGUAUUCUUGAGAAUGUGAAAGGUGCAGAGCUUUUGGUUGUGUGAAUCAAAUCAAAACAAAACAAAAAACCCCAGUGUGAUUGUAUACAAGAUUGUACAUCACAUUUGUAAAGUGGAGGCAUUCGAAGACUACGUAAUUAUAGCACUUUAUUUUUAGCUGCUGAACUGCCAAAACAGUGUUACCAUUUUAAAGGGGGGGGGGGAGAGAGAGAGAGAGAGAGAGAGAGAGAGAGAGAGAGAGAGAUGAUUGGUUGUUUGGGGAUGCGAGUGAUAAUAUAUUUUGCUGCACAGUAUUAAUAAAUUAUGACAUUUUGUAUGCAAAUAAACAAAUUCAUUACAUAUUUUCA